CACUGUGAAGAGUGAAGAUGAUGAAGAGGAAGCUCAGUGCUCACAGCUUCAUCAGAGCCAAACUGAGGAGAACAGAGAGGCAGAGCCUCCAGCCAGCAGCUCCACUGAACAGAUGAAAACAGAAGCUGAUGGAGAGGAAGCAGCCAGGAACUCAGAUCCAGCUGCUGAUUUCCAAGCAACUAGUGAGGGCCAGCUCCUCUCUUCACACUCUUCUGAAGCUGAGACUGAUGACAGUGAUGACUGGGAGGAGAGCAGAGAGCCUCAGUCAGGUUCAAACCCACAGAGUGAACUCCUUUUCAGUGAUGAUGGAUCUGAUGAUGCAGAGAAACCAUCUUCCUGCUCUGUGAGCAAGAACACAGGAGAGAAACUGUGGAGUUGCUCUCUUUGUGGUAAAAACUUUAAACGAAAAGGAACUUUUACCAGACACAUGAUGAUGCACAAGAGAGAGAAACGGUGUAGCUGCUCAAUCUGUGGGAAAGGUUUUACAAGGAAACGUGAACUAAACACCCACAUGAGAGUCCACACAGGAGAGAAACCGUUCAGCUGCUCAGUCUGCGGUAAAAGUUUUGCACUGAAAGGAAACCUUAAAACGCACAUGCGAAUUCACACCGGAGAGAAACCAUUCAUGUGCUCAGUCUGUGGGAAAAUUUUUGCACAUAAAAAUAAUUUUACCAAACACAUGAGAGUUCACACAGGAGAGAAACCGUUCAGCUGCUCCAUCUGUGGCAAAAGUUUUGCAUAUAAUCAUGACUCCAAAAGACACAUGAAAGUCCACUCAGGAGAGAAACCAUUUAGCUGCUCAGUCUGUGGUAAAGGUUUUAAACGGAAAAGUAACUUCAAUACCCACGUGAGAAUCCACACAGGAGAGAAACCAUUUAGCUGCUCAGUUUGUCGUAAAGGUUUUACACAGAAACACACUUUCAACUCACACAUGAGAAUCCACACUGGAGAGAAACCAUUUAGCUGCUCAGUCUGUGGGAAAGCUUUUAUUGAUAAAAGUGGCUUAAAACAACACAUGAAAGUCCACACAGGCGAGAAGCCCUUCAGCUGCAGUGUGUGUGGCAGAAGUUUCCGAUGGCGCUCAGAUGUUAGCAGACACGAGUGUGCUGGUUGUAGUCAUACUGAUCCACACUCCAAACCAGUAGGUGGCGGUAAUGCUACUAUUCAAUGUUUGCCAACCGCCAAUAAAACCCAAGAAGAAGAAGAAGAAGAAGAAGAAGAAGAAGAAGAAGAAGAAGAAGAAGAAGAAGAAGAAGAAGAAGAAGAAGAAGAAGAAGAAGAAGAAGAAGAAGAAGAAGCGGCCGCCAUGUUGAGUUCCGUUAGCAUCCAGAGCGCUAGCCGCAUGCUAACAGUGGGAGCAGCAGGCCUGAUGGGGAAGCAGCGGCUGUCCGGAGCUCACAUGUUUCAGGCCCGUUUCCCCCGCCGGAGCUUCGGGCUCCAGCUCCAGUCCGAGCUGUCAAGCCCUCAUUACAGAGAUCCAUGGACAACCAGUGAGUGA